GCUUCCUCGCUCCAGCUCCAAGGGCGGGCGGAUGAGCGGCCGGAAUUGUUCCGCUGAGCGUUAUUAGGAAUGGUUUGCAAAUGCAGCCGGGGUUGCAAGCAACCCUUCUCCGCCCUCCGUCCCUCCCUCCGUUGCAUGAUAACCAUUUGCUCAGAAAUAGGUGACUGAACGCCAAAGAAUCUGAUAGACUUCUGGAAGAACAAAUCUAGUUUCCACAAGAUCAAAUCUGUAUUAAAUGGCUGAUAAACAGAUCAGGUAAAAGCUUUUCUUUCCUCUUCUCUCAACUGUUGUCUCCACUUCUUUUGUCCUUCCACAUUUGCUUUUCUUCAUUCGUAAGGUCCACAACACAUCCCAAAGUAGUACUCUCUUCUUUCUCUACCCCUUUUCCUCUGCUCCUUUCUUCAUUAUUGCCCCUGAUGGUCUUGUGGUUGGAACAGAAUAGGAAGAACUGCACAUGGAGCAGAUUCAAACAUUCAGACUGCAAUACUGUGCCCACUUAUCUGAGAGUAUGGCCUGUAUUCCAUGGGACAAGAAUACUUUUAUACAAGGACCCAUAUGCUUGAAAUCACAUCUACAUAGGUGAUUCAUAAGCUUUAGACAUCCUGCAUGUUUGGGAGACAGGCCCAGUUGUUAGAUUUUAAGUUAUAAUAGUGAGGUGGAUAGAUACACUUUUGCAAUGGGAUGCAAAUAGUUGGGUUGCUGUUUCUGUCUGCACCAGGUCUUUCCUUUCCCCCUUCUUUUGGCAGCCACUUGCACUCUUCAAAAAGCUAGUUAUGAGGACACUCCGUGUAGCAGCAUGCAAUGUAAUGUGAGUGGAUUCAGCCAGGGGAAAUUAGUAAUCAAACAAACUCACACACAUAAUACACAGUGGAAUUACUUUCCACUAGUAUAUGGGACUGUUUGUCUUUAGAACUAGAUCCAUGUUAAUUUAAUGGAAGAAGUUAAUCAUAACUUGAUUUAACUCCCAUUGAAAUCAGUGGGAGCGAAGUUCAACUUAAGUCAAUCUGGAACUAACCCUAUAAUUUUGACAUUUAAAAUAGAAGUAAGAUAAAUACGUUUUGUAUGAUACUAGCAAUAUUAUUAAUUGUGAUAUUUUAGAGGCACAAGAAUGCAGCUUUGAAAUUUGUAGUUGUUUAGUCGUUUAGUCGUGUCCGACUCUUCGUGACCCCAUGGACCAUAGCACGCCAGGCACUCCUGUCUUGCACUGCCUCCCGCAGUUUGCUCAAACUCAUGUUCGUAGCUUCGAGAACACUGUCCAACCAUCUCGUCCUCUGUCUUCCCCUUCUCCUAGUGCCCUCAAUCUUUCCCAACAUCAGGGUCUUUUCCAAGGAUUCUUCUCUUCUCAUGAGGUGGCCAAAGUAUUGGAGCUUCAGCUUCACAAUCUGUCCUUCCAGGGAGCACUCAGGGCUGAUUUACUUAAGAAUGGAUAGGUUUGAUCGUCUUGCAGUCCAUGGGACUCUCAAGAGUCUCCUCCAGCACCAUAAUUCCAUAAUUUUAUUAUUGAAAUACCAAUAAUAAAAAAUUGGGGCAUGCAAACAUAUUUUAAUGAAUGUGCAUAUUUAUCUGGGAAACAGAAAGUCUAGAGGAGUCAAAACAGGCCAUAUGCAGCCACCACCCAAAUUUUAUCCAACACUUCAGGUCCUCUCCCAACUAUCACCAGGGAGGGAAAAGGACUUUGAUGUUGUGCAAAGUUGUGCAAUUUCAACUCUUUCCUCUGUGAAAAGAUCAAAUGAGGGAGCAAAAUGUCUCAUCAGAAUUCUGCUUCUUACAAAUAUAGUAUGCAUGUAAUUUAAGGCUGCAAAAUUUGAGGCUAUAAAGUAAGACUGUGCAGUGAUCUUAUUUUAAUUCUUCUCCAGGGUUUACCAAGCUCUUUUUGCCUUUUCCACAGUCAGGACAGGCAAACGAUGUUGCAGAGUUGUUCAACUUUUGCUGCAACCAUUGCGGGGUGGGGAAAGUAUGAGGAAAAUGGAAGGUGAAAAGUCAAGUGGAGUUACUAAGAAAUAUAUUGCCUGUUUUCAUGGGAAACAGCUUUGUGAGUCUUGCCUAUCUAUUACUGGAAGGCGAUCCAUGACAGCUUUUCAUUGAGUGAAUAUUUACCAACCCUGGUUUAAGCAAUGGGUGAUGUUGCAGAAAUUAUAUUAUAUCUGAUAGUAUCUGAUAGUAAUAUCUGAUAGUAAUGGCGUGCUUUUCUAGGGGUUAGAAAAGCUUAAUAUGUGUUAUGUGCUAGGGAGAGUCUGACCCCACCAAUAGUCUGACUGAAGCAUUUUGCGCCAGCUGGAGCCCCCAGACCAGGCCCAAGGGUAGCCCCAUGUAUUGCACAUUGCAGUAAUCAAGUCUAGAGGUUACCAAUGCCUGAAUCUUCUGUGGCCAGACCAUCCCUGACCAAUAAUGGUCAUUGAGAGUGUAUCAGCCAUAGCUGGUAGAAGGUUUUCCUUUCAACUGAGGCUACCUGACCCUCCAGCAAAAAUUUGGGUCCAGGAACAGGUUAACAAUUCCUAAUAUACUAUACAGGCAAUAAGUUACCUCCUCUUUGGUAACCAAUGCACAAAAUUAUGGGUAUUAUUAUUAUUAAAGGUAAAGGUAAAGGGACCCCUGACCAUUAGGUCCAGUCGUGACCGACUCUGGGGUUGCGCGCUCAUCUCGCAUUAUUGGCCGAGGGAGCCGGAGUAUAGCUUCCAGGUCAUGUGGCCAGCAUGACAAAGCCGCUUCUGGCAAACCAGAGCAGCACAUGGAAACGCCGUUUACCUUCCCGCUGUAGCGGUUCCUAUUUAUCUACUUGCAUUUUGACGUGCUUUCGAACUGCUAGGUUGGCAGGAGCUGGGACCAAGCAACGGGAGCUCACCCCGUCACAGGGAUUCGAACCGCCGACCUUCUGAUCAGCAAGCCCUAGGCUCAGUGGUUUAACCACAGCGCCACCUGGGUCCAAUUAUUAUUAUUAUUAAUUGAAUAUAUAUACCACCCUGUACUAGGGGGCUAGUUUCAUACAAAACCACAAAAUACAUAAUAAAAACAAAAACAACCCAAUAGCCCCCCCCCAAGCACAUUUUAAAAGGACAUAGGAUCUAAAUCAGAUCAACCAAAGGCCUGGUUAAAAAGGAAUGUUUUUGCCUGGCGCCUAAAGAUGUAUAAUGAAGGCGUCAGGCGAACUUCCCUGGGGAGGGCAUUCCACAGACUGGGAGCCACUGCAGAGAAGGCUACCCUCCGGACCUCUCGAGGAGGAGGCACACGAAGGAGGGCCUCAGAAGAUGAUCCUAAGGUCUGAGUAGGUUCAUAUGGAAAGAGGCGGUCCUUGAGGUAUUGCAGUCCUGAGCCAUUUAAGGUACCAAAUAUCAAACUAAAAACUUGGUCCUCAGCAUAUCUCUAUUAUUUAUGUCACCAUUGUUGUCUUAAUAAACCAAAGUAUUUUAUAUUUUGUGGGCAAUGAACUAUUUCUAUUUUGUGGGGAGCCUCUAGCUCACUGGCCAACCUUGGCCCGACAGACACUCAAGGUUGGUAUGUGAGGACAUUUUCCCAAACCACAGCUGCCUGUCACUCUGCUGGAUUCACUGGGUGAUGUUAGCUGAUGGGUUUAAUCCUGCUGGAUGCUGCUUGAACAGCUUGUUCCCUUUGGAGAACCCAACCCCAUGGUUCAACUUUGUCAGGUGGGUUACUCUGCCCACUUGGGGAUGGGAGAUGAUGAUGAUCUGGCCCACCAGGAUGAAAAGGUUGCCAACCCCUGGCAUACACUGUAAUUAUGUAGCUAAUUUGUCAUUUUGUACUGUCGCAGCAAUCUGUGACUUUAGAAUGGAAUCAAGCAAGUGUUCUUGCAGUGUCUGUUUAACAGACAACAGAGCUGUUCAACAGACACAGGAACAUAUCAGAGCCAAUGGCACGUAAUGCUCAGGUGAGUUGUCAAGGCCCAGCUUUGAUACUUCUGCUUAAUGGCUGGCUCUUUUGCAUCAACCAUUUCAUGUGUACUGCUAGACUCUUCCUAAUAAGCAAGUCUCCCUCUGAGAAUUUGAGCAGCUUUUCUACUUGCUGUUGCCCUUUGGGAAAAUGCCUUCUGAUUCUUUGGCUCUGCUUAUGUCCAGCCAUUGUCUAUUUCAUGAGUGACUUUCCAAUUUCAUUGUUACCUAAGAGCAGCUUUUGUAGAGAGAGCCUUGGCUAGACAAUGAGUGUUGUCUUCUGACAAAGAGUUGGGGAUUUUGUUAUUUUAAUGGUUUCAGGGAAAAGAGAUCCUCUUACUGGCACAUCUUAUAAUUGAGGCAACAGGUUUUAAUGUGUCUGGUUUGUUUUUUUUAAUGCAGGAUAGGACUACACAGAGUACUACUAGCUGUUUGACAACAAGCUCCCUUGGUUGCCCCAUGGGAUUGCAGGGGGAGUGCAACCCUUUUGAUUCUCCUGGACUCUUUAAAGGCUUUUGGUGCCAUCACAAAUGGUGUCCUUCUUUAUAUCAGUUGUCUAGGGCAGGUUUGAGAGGCACUGCUCAGCGGUGGUUCUGCUCAUUUUUGGAUAGCCAUUUCCAGAAAGUGGAGCUGGAAUAAUACUGCUUCACCCUUUAGUGCUUUGUGAGUUCACAGGGUUUCCAUGCUGUUUAACAUCUACAUGAAGCUGCUGGGAGAAGUUAUCCUGAGAUUUGGUCUGAUUUGUCACCCAUAAGGAGAUGGCACCCAGCUUUCUCUCUCACUUUCGUUGGACUUAGCUGAAGUUGUCACAUUUCACAAUCCUGAACCAAUUUUUGGGAGUGAUUAUGGGCUGUGUGAAGGUGAAUAAACUGAGUCUCAGUUCAAACAAUAAUGCUGAUAGUGGUUCAUUCACCCAGGUGAUUAUUUUCAGCCUAUUUUACAUACCGGUAGGAUUACAUCCCCCAUAAAGGACCACAGUUUGCAAUCUGGGAUGCUUAUUGAUCCAGCGCUUUCAUUUGUUCCUCAAAGCGCUGUUAUCAGCUUCAGCUAAUUCACCAGCUGCAACCUUUUUGGGGUGGAGAUAGCGUGGCUACAAUUACCCAUGUUCUGGUAACCUCCCAUUUUAGACUAUUGCAAUGCAUUGUAUAUAGGCCACCUAAAAAAAAAAGUCUGCAAAUACAGUUGUUCCAGAAUAGGGCACAAUACUAAUAGCUGGUGCUGGGCAGUUUGACUAUAUUAACUGUGUCUGUCCAGUUCUAGGCCCAAUUCAAAGGUCUGAUUUUAACCCAUAGAGCCUAAACCAUUUGGGACCAGAUUAAAAAAAUGUCCUCUGCCAUAUGCAUGUGGUGGAACUUUAAGAUCCUCUUCAAAGACUUUGAUUCAGGUGACCCUGCCCAAUGAAGUAAGGCAGAUAACCAAUAGAGAGGGGGUCUUUUCAAUAGUGGCACUCACUUACGCAAUAGCUUUCCAAUGAAAGCUAGCCUUGCACCCUCUUUGUGGUCUUUUUGGUGCCAGAAAAAGACUUUUCUGUUCAUCCAUGUGUUCUAUGCAUCUUCUGUAGUCUGGCCCGUUCAGAUUUUCUAGUGUUUCUAAUUUUGCGAUUAUAGUGGGCUUUGGUUUCAUGGUUUAUUUUGUAUGUAGGUAAGUGUGCGGAUUUAUUUUAGUCCAGCUGCCUGGCUGUACACAACUGAUAAUAUUUAGGCUGCAUAACACACACUAGGGAGUGUGGGUUGGAGAGUUGGCUUAGACCUGUUUGCUGUAAGAGUUUCUUUGUCAACUUGGAGAAUUGUGCUGCAGAAUACAAUGCGAUUGUCAUUAUAAGCUUUACUCUGGGAUGUUUUUCCUAAUCUGCUGAAUUUCCAAGGUGACCCAGUGUUGAUUUACUAUAGUUUCAGAUUUAGAGGAAGGGAAGGCUCCAUGAUUUUCACUGUUUAUAAAUCAUGAAAUACAAACUUGGAAUCAUCCGCUCUGGAUAACUAUUCUUUUUAAGGCUAUUAUGUCUCUUUGCUGAGACCAUCCUCUGCAUGACCAACUGUCCUAUUCCUUCAGUAGCACCUUAAAGACCAACUAAGUUUAUAUUUUGGUAUGAGCUUUCGUGUGCAUGCACACUUCUUCAGAUACCCUAUGUCCUAUUCCUGUCCUGUUCGAAAGCCCUCAGAGUUCUUUUGUCAGAUGACCAAAGUGGAGCUCACUUCUCACUCUCCCCCUCCAAACUGAUAAACAUUCUGAUAUAGGCUCAGUGCCAGGCAUUAUAUAGGCCAUAAUAUAUGACUGGGCACAAAGAUACAAAGGUGUUUUUUUGGGGGGGGGAAGACUCUUUUAAACUUAACUUUGUUUGAGAGGUGGAUUUCCAGCUCUUAGGCUUCUUUAUUCUGAAAUAAGCAAAGGCAAGUAAGUUCCACAAUACUGCUUUUGUGCAGCUGGUGAGUCACUACUACUACUGCUGCUACUACUGCUAUUUCUUUUUCUUUUUUCCUGCAACUGUUGCAAUCAUAAAAGAAUUAUGUGAAUCUCAGGUUUUCCAUGAAUAAUUUUUCUGAUGUCCCUUGACCAUGAGAUUAUGUAGAUUUUUUGAUGGCAGUUGUACACACGUUUGCUUGGCAGCAGUAACCCAUUGUUCUUGUAUCUGAAUAGACACAUUCCAAAUGAGGAACUCUAGUCUGGGGUGGAAAAACCAGCUAAGAGUCUUGUGAUUCCUUAAGUACCAUAACCUUUCAUGAACAGGAGUCUCUAUAACCAACCCAUCUGAUGAAUGGGACUCUAAUCCAUGAAAGCUUACACCACAACAAACCUGUUGGUCCCUGAGAUGCAAUGAGAUUUUUCUGAGGUGCUAGUAUUGUUCAUGUAUCUUGAUUGAACAUAUGGCUGCUAUAGUUAUUUCGCCUUUUGAUGUCUUCUUGUGCCUCUCUAUCACUUUUCCUCACAGUUUACCUGCCAAGCUGAUCAAUGGAGGCAUAGCUGGGCUAAUUGGGGUCACCUGUGUAUUUCCUAUUGACCUGGCAAAAACUCGCCUACAGAAUCAGCAGAAUGGCCAGAGAAUGUACACAAGCAUGUCUGACUGCCUUAUCAAGACAAUCCGUUCCGAAGGGUAUUUUGGCAUGUACAGAGGGGCUGCAGUGAAUCUGACACUAGUGACUCCAGAAAAAGCCAUCAAACUAGCUGCCAAUGAUUUCUUCCGGCAUCAUCUGGCCAAAGAUGGGAAGAAGCUGACCCUGAUUAAGGAAAUGCUGGCUGGCUGUGGGGCAGGGACCUGCCAGGUGAUUGUCACCACUCCCAUGGAGAUGCUCAAAAUCCAGCUGCAGGAUGCAGGCCGAAUUGCUGCUCAGAAGAAGCUAAUGGCCGCACAAGCUCAGUUAAACCCUUCCACUGGUGCUGGGGCAGCAGAGUCUGUUGUGGAGACAAGGACGACAGCAAUGCAAAUCACAAGGGACUUGCUUCGGAGCAAAGGCAUCGCAGGACUUUAUAAGGGACUUGGCGCUACGUUGCUAAGGGAUGUACCGUUUUCCAUUGUUUAUUUUCCAUUGUUUGCAAACCUGAACAAACUAGGGCAGACAACCCCGGAUGUCAAGGCUCCAUUCUAUGUGUCCUUCCUUGCUGGGUGCCUGGCCGGCAGCACGGCAGCUGUAGCAGUGAAUCCUUGUGAUGUAAUCAAGACAAGAUUGCAGUCCUUGCAGAGGGGGGUCAACGAAGACACAUACUCAGGGAUCAUAGACUGUGCCAGGAAAAUCUGGCGGAAUGAAGGCCCCACGGCCUUUUUGAAGGGGGCAUAUUGCAGAGCCCUGGUCAUCGCCCCACUCUUCGGUAUUGCACAAGUUGUGUAUUUCAUCGGCAUUGCUGAAUAUUUCCUAGACAUGCUUCCAAUGCGCCGGGAUUAACCCCUCACACCUCUCCCCAUCCAAUUGGAAUUCAUCAUAGUAUUCUUUGUCACCGUGCUAUCAGAGCAACAGCACAAGGAGUUAAAACAUUAAUGGGGGGAAUGAAGGUUGUCUCCAAAGAGAGUCCCCCCCCCCUCCAGUCAACAUGGCCUCAUCAUUAUGCCAGGGAAGAUUAUGCAUAUCUAUUUUCUAAUUAUCAAUCUCAAAAGACACCGGUUAGCACAGACUGUCUUACAGACCUGCUUUCCCCCACCCUUGACUGGGGAAAAAUGACCAACAAAUUAAGAAAGAGGAAAAGGACUUACCUCCCCCUCCCCCCCCCAAUUCUUGGUUUCAGGCCUCUGGGGAAGCCAAGGGGCUGCUGUCCAUUAAAGGGAGGCCAGUUUGUCAUUCAAAAAGGCGGGUAAUCUCUGAAAUAAAAAUGUUUUGUUUUCAGAUAGGUCUCCUAAACAUCCCUCUCCUAAAUUAGCUGGACUUAAGUGAACUCUUUGGAUAUCAAAGGAGGAGGGGAAAGGGAAAGGCGCAUUUUGUAUUUAGAAUUUGUGAAAGGGACUGCCUUCCUGAAUGAGUGUGCGCAGGUGAAAUGUACUCCCUGCGGAUGUGCACUCAACUGCUAAGGAGCUGCGUCUGUGGAAACACAGUGCUGCCCAGUGUCGCGAACUAGCUGAGCCAUUGUGAUAGGGGAGAACUGAAUAAUUUUGGGAUCAAUUUUUUUAAAAAAAAAAUUAUGCUGGAUUUAAAACAAAACAAAAAACAUAAAACCCCAACCCAGUAAUACAUUCCUUUCAAUCAGCCUAGUUGAUUCUGGUAAUGCUGCUGUUCCACCCAGUGUUUCAGUUGUCUGUGUUUUGACCUGUACCUGUAUUCCUUUCCUGUUUCCCUCUGGGAGCACAAAUAAUGCCAAAGGGUUACUCGGGGAAAGCUGAUCUCUGAUGUGGCUGUAAACACUGCAAAAUGCCAGAUGGCAUAGAAAGACUUAGCUUAGCUGAAAUCAGUGGAAAUAAUCUUGCACGUUUCUUGAGGUUCAGUUGCACCGAAGUCAAAGAAUUCACGCCAGUUCAGUUACCAGUUCUUUACUGGCCAGCAGUGAUCAUUUUUAAAGGGUGCCAGCUAGUUUUCCUAUUCAGACCAAAACUGACAGCAGAAGGUGGUUUGGUAACAUCCACAGGGACCUCCAUAUCUCUUACAUUCUCUCUGAGAGUUAGAAGCCUGGUUUUCUUCUGUUUGUUUCAACAGUUACUCUUCCAACAGAGCAAAGUAACCUAAGUAUCAAAAUCAAUGCUAAUUCUGGUAAUUUCCCUUUUAUUUCUAUUUCCUGCUUCUCGGGUGCUGACACAGUGCUCCCUGCAACAUUGCAGGGAAUUAUUUUGUAUUUUUUUAAAAAAAAAAAUCUAUUGAAGUUUUGUGAAUUCCUUUUUUUGAGGGGGUGGGGCAGUCUGACUUUGGAGGAUAGCAUGUUUAAAAGGCAUUCCCCCCCCUGCAACUUGGACUUUUUCUUCUUGUUGCUGCGCCUCAAUACUUCUUAUAUCCCAUUCCAAUGAAAUGAAAUGAAUUAGGUAUGCAGAUGGUGUGGCUAUUUACAUUUGCCCUUGGAGAUGUCUUAAAUGUUCCUAAUGUCCAUGUCACUGUUGGCUAGGGUGGCCAGACGCAGAAAAGAAAAGGAACUCUGCACCUUGAAUAGCUGCGUAGAAGAGGAAAGCAUCAGCAGAUGUUGCUUAUGAAAGCCACACCUGUUGUGACAUUCCCUCUUCUACACAAAUAUUAAAGGUACAGGAGCCCCUUUCUUGUUUUACACCUGGGCCUCCUAUUGUUGGACCCUUAGAGUUAGCAGAGGGAGAUGUUUUAUUUAUUUUAAAAAUAUGGCACUUUUUUGUUUUUUGUUUUUCCAUGGUAUGAAAACAAGGCCUGAAGAAUGUGGGGUUUGAAAGCAUGGUUUCCUUGCUUAUCUUGAAAAUUAAAUGUUAGAAUCAUUACGUUUUAGAAGACUGAUUGUCGGACUGAUGGUGCUGACUCACAAAAUAACAGAAAGAAAUGGCUGGAACUGGAUUAUAAUAGGAGCUGCUUCUAAUAAUUUAAUUUGCUUCAUUUCAUGCUGCUUUUUCAUCACUGUAAGUCCUUGUUUACUUUCACAUCUAAUCAUCAUUUAAAACUCUAUUGCAAUGUCUGUCUUGCUUAAAUGACCAAAUGCUGCUUUGAAAGAGGAGGCCUUAAAGGACUCGCUGCUUCUGCUGCUGCCGCCACCCCAUGUCUGAGCCCACCAUAAGACUACAGAUUCUCUGUCAAGGCCUGGAACAUCUGCACUGAUGUGCUUUGGUAUUUCUGAAGCAGAAAUCAAACAACGAUUUAGUGUUUUAAGAAGCACAAUCUUCAGGAUUAGUUUUUUGCACUUUAAAAAGAAAGAGCAGCGGGGACCUCAUUUUAAAGCAACCCCUUGCAAGAAAACUUUUUUUUAACAAUACUUUUGUCACAUGAAGAAAAACUGAAAUGGUACCCAAAAUGUAAUCUAAUGGUGUGUGAGAGAUUUAUGGUUUGAAGCUUUAUUUUAAUGACAGGUGAAUCUUUGUCCAGGUGAAAACAAGGGUUUAUGUAAAAAUACUGAUAAAAAGACCUGUGCCUAAAUUAAAACAGGCUCCAGUUAGCAAUGCUACCACUAAGGCAGCUGUUGCUUGCUUGCCAGGAGAUUUUCCUGCUGAGAUGUGGCUCAGCACUGUUGCUAGUAAAGGGAAAAGGCACUACUUGUCUUUUGCAUGAAUACUCCUAAGCCCUGAUUUUAGUAUAGCAUGACCUAGCUAAUAAAGCAGAGUCUAGCUGUCAUUUGAAAUGUUUAAUGCUGGCAUUCUUAUUGCUGCAAACUUGGAAUAUGUCCACAUUUCAGACACACAUCAUUCAAACAUGUUGAAUUAAACAUUUAAAAUGUUAGUGGUGCUUCAGCAGGGUAGAUAAUGCUUUAUUACUUUUCAUAUUAAAUUUUAUUGCUAGUUUUCAACAUAACAAUAAAAAACCAAACUAAUCUAAAUAAAAAUAAUGAUAAACACGACAGGAAGAAAGAAGAAAUAAAGAAAAGAGGGGGUGUGGCGCUAUAUGUAUAUAUAAAACCAAGCCCUCUGUCACAAUUAUUUCUUGAUCCUUAUUCCACAUACAGAAGAGUUAACCCUCCCAGCUCUCACCUUAGAGCUUUCCCCUCUUCCCUGAGCUUCACCUCCUGAGGAGACCUCUCUGGCUUGCCUCUCAUGCACGUCCCUUCUAGAGAAAGCUCUAAGAGGCCCUUGUGUUUCCAUGGAACCACAGGUCACUGGGUUCCUACUGAAGUUCCUACAGAAGCUGUGAAUCAUUUGAAUUUACAAUGUGGAGAUAGCCUAAAAUCAUUGCUUGCUAAGCUUUCUGGCUCCUAAGGGCUUAUUGGCCAACAUGUCCACAGUCCACGUUAAGAAAGGAAGAAAGGAAGAAAUCUAAUGAGGUCAUUUCAGGCAAAUCUGUGAGUGGUGGAAGUCUGCAAUUCAGUUUCAAGUAGAAGGUCCAGAGGCCUUAUGGGGUCCUUUGAGGUCCAAGGAAUCCUAUUUUAUUCCAGAGCUACCGGUAAUUUGAGUUUGAUAGUGUAGAUCAGGCAUCCCCAAACUGCGGCUCUCCAGAUGUUUUGGCCUACAACUCCCAUGAUCCUUAGCUAACAGGACCAGUGGUCGGGGAAGAUGGGAACUGUGGUCCAAAACAUCUGGAGGGCCGAAGUUUGGGGAUGCCUGGUGUAGAUAGUGAUCCUUCAGGUAUAGGGAGAUCUGUAUUACAAACUCCAACACUUAGGCUAUAAGCACAGACCUAUCAAGCUCUGUGCAUGCCCUUCUAUUCUGAGUAAAUUUGGAGUAAUGCUUGGAUUUGUACUUGCAAUCACCAGUGUAAAUUAUAGUUCCCUUUCUAAUCAUAACCGUGCACUGAAAUAAUAAAACCCACAUUUUAGUGUCUUUUAACUACACUUUUGUACUAGUAGUAAAGGCUGGUUAAAGUCUGCUAAGGGGUUACAAGUAUCUUAGCCAUUCCAUGCUAACUGGGAAGCAAGCAGCUCAUGCUUUAAAUAGGGAAUAGUGCCAGUGGUAAAAAGUUACAAGUUUUCCGUUCAACAGAGUUCAAGGGAGCUCUAGAGACCAAAUGGUAGAAAUAUCCUUCAAGGAAAAAAAUGAAAUGCUGAGCUCUUCAGUUUUAAAAAUGCCAGCCCUUCUAAAUCAAAAAUGGGUACCUGGAAUGCAGUUGAGGAUCCUGAGGACCACAUCCCAUGAUUCUCAAAUAUGCCAGUGAGGGAGAAUGUGCAUGGCUUUUUUAUUACAGAAAAAAGCUGUUAUGUGGUUACUUUUCCGAGUCAUUCCAUUCUGAAACUCCCCCCAACCCGUCCCAUGAAUGUUGCCCCCUGAGUGUUUAGCUAUGACUUAAAAUAAAUUUUGUUUUGGAAUUGUUUCUCAGCAUAUGGUUAAAUAGAAUUUUUGCCGUAUGAGAAUGACAGUGGGAAUGUUGCAGUGCUGACGUUCUCUUUUCACAUGAUUGUAUAAACUCAUCUGAACAUGCAGUCUUCACUCAGGCAUGUUUCAGCCAAAAAAUAAUGUCUGAGGCAAGAGUGCUGUGCAAAGUCCGGUGUGAGGUAAAAACAAGCAAACCAGAGUUUAGUUCUACCUCGUGUGUGUGUGUGUGUGUAAAACAGAUUUUUAUUUUCUUGAACUUAAUUUAUCACUAAAAUCAAUUUUUAAAUACCAUACUAAAUUAAACAGGUAACCUAAUAAAAUGCAUUUAAAAAUCCAUCUGUGUCUGGCUUGCCUGUUAUAUGUAUCUUAGCCUUCGAGAUUCUCAAUAUAGCAACCAGAUACUGUAAAAAUGUGUUGGUUUUUUAUUUACGCAAUUGAUUAUAAUGAACUAAUCAUUGCAACAUGACAAGUACUGGGUUUUAGGGAAGGAGUAAACAAUCAACACAAGCUUUCUCACAUUAUAAACUGUGAUCUCAGAAGUUUUUGCCAAUCAUUGGACUUUUAAUAGGUAAUGAUUUGACAGAAAUGCCGUCCUCUCAUGAAGUUUGUGUACUUUGGGCUAUUCCUAGGCAUAUGUUGCUUCUAAAAGGCU